AUGGACCGAUUGCGAAUUGGACCGAAGUAUAGACCUUUUGCGGGUUUGGUAGAUGAGUUCCACCAUCACGAAGAGACACUCUUCAAAGAAUUUUCCGAACCCCAUCUUGGUAUCGACGGCAUAGAGAGCGAGAGAGAGAGAGAGAGUGUUUCGUGUGUGCACGAAAUAGAGAGGUGGCUAUUUAGUACGCAUGUAUGCGCGCACUUGAAAGCUAUUUACCCGUUAGUGCGCGGCCAGGCCAUUUCAGUGCUUUUCCACUUGGCACCCCGGCAAGGUGUGUGCCGUACGCUCCCACAUAAUACAAUCCGGCCCCAGCACAAACACGCCCGAAGCAUGGAGGCACCUGUAGAGCGCGCGCGAAACCCCCACAGGAACGGUUGGUCCGGUGGCGGUGGCUCAGCUGUUGUGUGCGCGCGUUCCCAUCCGUCAGUUGGUCGCGAUCACUGCUGGGAUGCGCUCGUCUUGCUUGGCGCUACAAUCGUACUCAUCGUACCUUCGAACCGGAUUGGGUAA